ACCAACGGACCGACGGACUGACAGCCACCGGGCAGUCAAGUGCCCUGUUCUGUUGUAUCGUGUUGGAGAUGUGUUGACUUUUCUGACGGACAUGAACGCGCUUUUUGACCGUUUGCUCAACUUCAUCCUGCCGUUAGUGAGAGGGGAGGACCGCGUAUGCGCCUGUAUGUGUGGACGGCAUCAAGUCUAUCGUGUCAUUUCAUAUAAUGGGGCCCAGUCCAUUGUGGAUUCCAGGGAAAACUACACCGGGAGUGACAUCAUGAGUCGCCAGGAGAUGAACGUGAUAGUUGGACUGCUCUUGGGUUUCUGCAUCAGCUUGACCUUGCAGUGGUUGGACAGGGUUUGGCGCUCAAAGCUCAAAUACUGGAGGGAAAACCAAAUGAACGUUUCCUGGUCAUGGAUGCCCAAAUUCAGUAACACAAGGGAGCUGUUCAGGCGGUCACAUUCAAAACACACGGAGGACUCCGGGGGAAACAUCGAGCAAGAUGUGCACCAUGAUGUUAAUGACACGUAAAUAUAAAAAUGUGGAUUAAAUUCAGUAGUUUGUGUGUGCUGUUUUCUUUUCAACAAACUUACAGGUCUGACUGAGUCAAAUACAACUUUGUGUUUUUUUCAUAGUUUUUGGCCAUUUUGUGCUUUUAUUGCAUACUUAAAGGUCCAGUGCGUAGGAUUUUGGGGACAUAUAGGCAGAAAUUGAAUAUAAUAUAAUAAAAUAAGUAUGUUUUCUUUUGUGUAUAAUCACCUGAAAAUGAGAAUCCUUGUGUUUUCAUUAACUUAGAAUGAGACGUUUAUAUAUACACACAGGGAGCGGGUCCUCGUCCACGGAGACUGCCAUGUUGCAACGCCAUGCCAUAUCAUGUCACUAACUAUUCAA